AAGAUCGAUCGCGCACGGGGCCGAGAGGGAGAAAAAAACUAGUUCGUCGGUAGGGUUUGGUGUCGGGGGGCGGCGAUGGCGAUGGAGGCGAGGAUGAAGGGGACGGUCAAGUGGUUCAACGACACCAAGGGGUUCGGCUUCAUCUCCCCCGACGACGGCAGCGAGGACCUCUUCGUCCACCAGUCGUCGAUCAAGGCUGACGGGUUCCGCUCGCUGGCCGAGGGCGAGGUCGUCGAGUUCUCCGUCUCGGAGGGCGACGACGGCCGCACCAAGGCCGUCGACGUCACCGGCCCCGACGGAUCCUUCGUGCAGGGCGGCGCGGGAGGUGGGGGAGGAGGCGGGGGCGGCUUCGGAUCCCGCGGCGGUGGCGGAUCUCGCGGCGGGGGCGGCUUCGGCGCCCGCGGCGGGGACGGAUCUGGCGGGUAUGGAGGUGGGUAUGGCGGCGGCGGCGGUGGUGGGUGGGGCGGUCAGAGGAGAUCCGGCGGUGGAGGCGCCGGUGGGGCCUGCUUCAAGUGCGGCGAGCCUGGCCACAUGGCCAGGGACUGCUCGGUCAACGGCGCCGCUGGCGGCGGCGGCGGCGGCGGCUGCUACAAGUGCGGCGAGCAAGGCCACAUCGCCAGGGACUGCUUCAACGGCGGCGCCGGCGGGGGAGGAGGCGGCUACGGGGGAGGAGGAGGCGGCGGCACCUGCUACAACUGCGGCGAGCCGGGCCACAUCGCCCGUGACUGCCCCACCAGCAGCGGCUUCGGCGGGGGCGGCGGCGGCGGCCGCUUCGGCGGCGGAGGAGGCGGCGGCGGCGGCGACCGCUCCUGCUACAACUGUGGCGAGCCCGGCCACAUCUCCCGCGAGUGCACCAAGUGAGGGGAUCUCUGCCCCUCCCGCUCUAUAGACGUCGCCUAAAUACCUCUCGUCUUAGUUUUGCCGAUCGAUCGCAGCCGCCUCGCAGCUUAUUUUACCUUGCUCCCUCUCCCCCCCUUCCGUCCUUAGGGGAAGCUCGUCCGAAAGUUAAGUCAGUCAGUCAGUCCGUGUGAUGGUUAAUUUUGCUAUGAAUUGGUCCGGUACCGGUACCCGUACUCUCAGUUGAUGUUUAAGGUCGUGAUGAUGGAUUAUUGUCGGUGA